AUGGCGACAAUCACCACAACCGCGCUGCAGACUUCCUACCCUCCGAUCCUCCCCAAAGACUUCAACGGUAACCAGCCCAAAACAAUCCGCCUCUUCCCCCUCUCCAACUACACCUUCGGCACCAAAGAGACGCAGCCAGAGGAAGACCCCUCAGUGCUCGCGCGCCUCAAGCGCCUCGAAGAGCACUACGAUGUCCACGGCAUGCGGCGCACCUGCGAGGGCAUCCUCGUCUGCCACGAGCACAACCACCCGCACAUCCUGAUGCUGCAGAUCGCGAACGCCUUCUUCAAGCUGCCCGGUGACUACCUCAAGGAGGACGACGACGAGAUCGAGGGCUUCAAGAUGCGGCUGAACGAGCGGCUGGCGCCCGUCGGGACGCAGUUCAGCGGCGAGGGCGUCAACGAGGAGUGGGAGAUUGGCGACACGCUGGCGCAGUGGUGGAGGCCGAAUUUCGAGACGUUCAUGUACCCGUUCAUCCCAGCGCAUGUUACGAGGCCGAAGGAGUGCAAGAAGUUGUAUUUCAUUCAGCUUCCGAGACAGAAGGUUUUGAGCGUCCCAAAGAACAUGAAGCUCUUAGCUGUUCCCUUGUUCGAGCUCUACGACAAUACAGCAAGAUACGGACCUCAAUUAUCUGCUAUUCCGCAUCUGCUUUCGAGAUAUAACUUCGAGUUCGUGGACGAGGACGGGAAAGUUGUAGCUGUGACUCCAGGCAGUGGACCAGAGGGGGGAUACGUACCGCAAACGAAGGUCUUGGCUGGCGGUGAUGAGGAGAUGAAGGAAGAGAAUGGCGAUUAG